AUGGAAUUUCCACCGGCUGACAUACCGAUGGAUACAUUACAAGCAAAUGAGAAACCGACUCCACAACCAACAGAAAUAACAGGUCCGCAAAGUGGUAGACAUGAAGAGUUCUCUGUGGAAAAAGUCUUGGAUAGGAGGGUUAAAAAUAACAAAGUUGAAUAUCUCUUGAAGUGGAAAGGUUACUCACAUGACGAUAACACUUGGGAACCAGAAGAUAACCUUGACUGCCCUGAAUUGAUAUCGGCUUACGAGGAAGCUAGGCUUAAAAGGGAACGAGAAACUCCAGCACCAGCAGAAGCUGCAGAUGAAGGCCAAACUACAAGAAAACGAUCAAAAAGGGGUGAUAAGAAGAGAAACAAAGUUGAGGAAAUAGAAAAACCCAGGGGCUUAGCACGUGGUCUUGCUCCACAGAAGAUAUUGGCUGGUCAGCUCUUUCACGGAUCUCUAUUCUUCUUAGUACAAUGGGAAGGCUGCACAGAAAUGGAUGUUGUGCCUGGCCAUGAACUAGGUCAGGCCUACCCUGACUUUGUUAUUAGGUAUUAUGAGAGCUGUGCACCAUUUAGCGUCAGGCAUCCUGUAGGAUUGGUACCUAGGGCUGCUCCUGAGAUGCAAUCACAGAUUUCACAGUUGGAAGCUACAGAGCCAGGUGAUGCUGCAGACACACCUAUGGAUGUAGCUGAUACCACUCCUGUCCCUGAUAGUACAGAUGCAGAAAUAGCGCCUACUGAAGUGACACAACCAGAUCAACCCAUAGCAGAAACAGAAUCACCACCUAUAGAAGUUCCUGUUAACUAA